AAGAAUUUCCUCUUUGAUUUUCUUGAACUUCUUUCAUCUGCAUAAAUUUCUUGAAUUUGUAAAAGAUUUGAUUCGAUCUCAAAAAUUGAACCUUCACCAUGUGUCUUUCCUCAAAACAGUGUCACCUAACAAGAAUAGUUUAAUCAUCAUUUAUUAAAAUAGUAUACAACGUGUCAUCAUAUUAGCAACAUGUCAUGUAUUUUCUUGGACUUUUGUGACUUUUAGUGAGGGGACAACUUUAAUGUGCUCAUAAAAGAUCGAAGCAUGAAAAUGAAAGGUGAUGCUUUUCCACCACAACCACUUAUCUAACUUCUUCCAAAAGAUCCUUCGAAGAGAUUAUCAAGAAAGAUGAACCCUAAAUUGAUUUUUCUCAUGCUUAUUAUACCUUAUGUGUCAUCUUUCCCACAAGAAAACGCCUACCCAUCUCCAUAUAGUGAAGAAGAGUUGAUUCCUCCAAGAAGGGAAGUAUAUGGAAGUGGGAGAAUUUACGAUAUUACCCAUAGGGUUACAUCUGGAACACUCUCGGGGGUAUCUGAUGAAGGAAUUGGGGAGUAUCUUACACUCUUUCAAAGCAUGAAAAAUGGAUCAGAUUAUAAUUUCUCCAUCAUAAAGCUACCUGCUCAUUCUGGAACUCAUGUAGAUGCACCUGGACAUUUUUAUGAAAAUUAUUAUCAAGCAGGGUUUGAUAUCGAUAGUCUUGACUUAGAAGUACUCAAUGGUCCAGCAUUAUUAGUUGAUGUUCCAAGGGACAAGAACAUAACAGCUGAAGUUAUGGAGGCUUUGAACAUUCCCAAAGGAGUAAGGCGGGUGCUUUUUAGAACAUUAAACACUGAUAGACGGUUAAUGUCCCAAACAAGAUUUGACACAAGCUAUGUUGGAUUUAUGAAGGAUGGAGCCCAGUGGUUGAAAGACAACACUGACAUCAAACUUGUUGGUAUUGAUUACUUGUCGGUUGCUGCAUAUGAUGAUCUCAUUCCUGCACAUCUUGUUUUCUUAAAGAGCAGGGAAAUCAUUCUUGUUGAAGGUUUGAAACUUGAAGAUGUGGAAGCGGGAUUAUAUAAUGUCCACUGCUUACCCUUAAGGUUACUAGGAGCAGAAGGAUCUCCCAUUAGAUGCAUCCUAAUCAAGUAAAUUAAAGCAUGUUCAUAAAUAAACUAAGUUUCUUUUCAACAACUUUCUUUUGUUUUUUGACUUUUCGUUGUAAACUAGCAGUUAGUUCUUGCAAAAGUACAAAAAGAGAUACUGUGGUUUUAUAUAAUAAACAGGUUUGGUA